AUGGCCUCCGAGCGCAGCCUCCUCACGCUGCGCAGCGCGGUCCUCACACCCGAGAACUUCCCGGACUUUGGUGCCUUUGUGAGCCUCGACGCUACUCCCAGGGACCUGGCUGUGCAAAACAACAAGCUGGUGUCUGGUGGCCGACUGUCGAAGGGCAAGGGCAAGGGCAAGGGGAAGGGCAAGGGCAAGGGCAAGAGCGACGGUGAGACCAAGAUGCUGCAGGACGGCCUGCUGCCGUGCCUCCCGUACAUGCGGCCCUCCUGGCCGCCCCGAAGUGCCGAAGAGGGCAGCAACCGCGGCAACCGCGACAGUUCCGUCAUGGUGAACGGGAACGUUUUCGAGCAGAUGGGCCGUCAGACGCUUGGGCCGGCGGAGGUGGUGGUGUACAUCAGCGAGGUCGAUAUCAACCAGAGACGGAUGAAGCUUUCACUACAGCCGCGCCUGACAUUCGAGGAGCUACGCAUCGGGGGCAAGCACGAGGGCAUCGUUGUGGACACCUCGCAUUUGGGGCUGUUCGUCGCCCUGUCCGACAACUUGGUAGGCCUAUUGCCUCGUGCGCAGCUGGGCGUCGGAGCCUUCGCCGAGGGUCCGGAGGAGGACGGAUGGUACCGCCGCAGCGUGUACAAGCGCGGAGACAUUGUUACCGUGUGGGUGUUGCGGAAGGCGCUGGCGGAUGCCAAUUCCCGGCGCCCAUACAAGAUCGACCUGACCAUGGACAAGUACAACGAGGAGCUGAGCAGCCAUUUCUUGAAGAGCAGCCUGAAGGUGCUGGAUGCCGGAGCCUCGGGUCGCCAGCCGGGCGCCGAAGAUCCCGAAGUCUCCAGCAAGACAGCCAUGCAGAUGAAGUUCGAAGAGACCUUCGAUGCUGAGGAUAAGUUCUUCCUGAUUAAGAACAACCGCCUCAUCAAGGAUGCCAUGUCGCAGUAUCCGGAACUUGUGAUCGACUACACCACCGACCCUCCUCCCCCUCCGCAGGAGACCACCAAGACGAAGAACUUCGACUUCAGUCUCAUCGAGGGUUGGAGUGUCCAGAGGAUCACCGAGGAGCACAAGCGCUUGUGUGACAAGCAGCAUAACUUCGAAGAGAAGGCGCAGGGGGCCAAGCCCCUCAGCAAAGAGGAGGAGAGGCUGCUGACUGUUCUCAAGAAGAAGGUUGAGCAGUGGGGCAACGAGUACUAUGAAGGUGUCUGCAAGAAGAUCGAGAGGAAUCAAAAGUUCAUUGAGGAUAUCCAGCGAAAGAUCAAGGAGGAGCGCGACAAGUACCCCUACAAGUCCAUCAUCGACCUAGACAAGUUCCGGGAGGUUUCUCAACGCAUCGCGGAGAAGGGCUACCACGAGCGCUGUUGUUUCGUGACCAGGCUCUGCUACAAGGAGGACGUGCUUGGUGUAGGCCUUGAGAUCGUCCCCGAGUCAGACACUGGCCGCAAGAUCUUCAAGUGCUCCUUCGACCUCCUCUCGAAGGAGGCCUUCAAAGAUUUCGGCAUCCGCUCCGGUGUGUGGAAGGAGAAAGUGGAGUUCUGGCUCCCCCUCGCCAUCGACGCCAGGCACUUCCGCCGUGCCCUUCCCUACCUGGCCGAAUGCUUCCGACAGCUCGGGGAUGGGAAGGUGGAGGCCGCGACCCGCAGCUACGGCACGCAGGCGGGCAGUGGGAUCAAGAGCCUUCGGGCCAACCUCCGCGAGCUCCAGCGGACGGGUCAGAAGAUGGUCAGCCUGGACGAGUACAAGAAGCAGAAGGCCCAGCCGGAGAAGGAGAAGCCCAAGCCAGAGGCGGAGGAGAAGACUCAGCCAGUUGGGCUUCCCCCUGUGGCGAGCCUCACAGAGGCCGACGUGGCCUACGGCUUGGAGGUCUUGCCGAAGUUGAUGAACUUGCAGACCGUCCAACUGAUGAAAGGUGAUCUCCACCUUUCCACGAAAGCCUUAGAGGGCUACAUGGGCUUUCACCACCUCUUGCUCUCCAUCCUUCGCCAGUACCCUUCACUGCAGGCUCAGGUGGAGUCGAAGAUCGGGACUUUCGUACGGUCUGAGGCGGGCCGAACGAAGCAAAGCUGCCCGAACCUAGGGGAGUUCCUUUGCCUGCUGGCUGUUUCCAAGAAGUACACCUGGGACGACGUUUCUGCUGCUGUGCUCAAAGAGACGUUGGAUCGGAACGCAAGCUGGGCUUUGGACAAGUACCCGUCUCUGGCUGGCUUUGGUACAAGCCCGGAGAACAGACUGGAGCGUACCUUCAAGGCCAGCAUGGUUUCGAUCCGACUUCUUUGCUUCAACGUCUGGUUCCUGCGCAACGUGGUCUUCAAACGCUACGGGGCGCAGGCAACGUCGGCGGAGAUUCUUGCGGCAGAGCAGCGGGGCGGCCCGGGUGUGAGCUGCACCGACAUGCGCUGGGCAGAGUACGAGGAGCAGAAGGGCAUUCCGCGGCCAGAGGAGAUCAACAUGCUACAGGAGCAGAUGAGGAGGACGCUGCACGGCAACGGCCUGAACAGCUGGUCCGAAUAUUUCGUGAACCUGAACCUCCAGCCGCUGAAAGCGGAUGAGCUUUCACAGCUGCUGGUCAUGAGCCUCCACGAUUCGGUCCGGAAGGGCUACAUCCCUCUCUGGAAGAUGCGGGCGCUUCAGCAGAGGAAUCAGCAGGAGAAGGCCCCCAAGACUAACGACUACCUCGGCGCUGACAUGGACAAGUACGACAACAUGCACACCACGAAAGGAGGCGGCGACAGAUGGUGA